AUGGAAACUUAUCAUGGAAGAAUUGAAACGGUAAACGACGCGCUAAUUAUUUUUGUAGAAGCAUGUCAGCAAGGAAUCCUUCAGAGAACCACACGUAGGUUGUUGGAAAAGGAAAGAGAAGAGCUGUGUGGUGGAAACGUUUAUGUAUUCGAUGAAACCGAAUCAGGAAUAAAAAGAUGGACAGAUGGAAGAUUAUGGAGUCCAAGUAGGAUCAUCAAGGACUUCCUGGUUUACCGUGAAUUAGCAACACGUGAUCGAAACAUCAAACGUCAUGAACCCUUAGAUGAACUCUUACAAAAACGAAUUUCAGACGAAGGACUCAAAGUUCAUCAAUGUAGCAAAGGAUUGUUUUUAUUGAGAAAAGAUGGAUUAUUAAAGAAAACUAUCAGUAUUAAAUUUAAUGGGACGUAUCAGCAUAUGGUCAUAUAUGAAGAUGUUAUCAGAAAAGAUUCUUCGGUCGAACCAUUAUUACCUCCUCGCGCAUUUGAAGAACUUCGAUAUCUUCAACCUGGGGAAGAUAUUUUAAAUUCAGAGAAGAUGCCAAAGGCAAAUAGAAAUUAUCCGAGAAAGAGUCAAAAAAAGAGGAAGGAACAUCAACAUACGCAUCGUUUAUUGAAACAAUUGGUACUUGCACAAACGGAUCAACAACGACAAAAUUAUCAACUUUAUUAUCAAACUGGUAUUUUAGGAGGUAAUUCACUAAUAGGAGGCGCUUUAAGUCAAGAUCAAACAUAUUUAUGGAAUAAUUCACGUCAAGUAGAAGGAAGGGAAGAAGAAAGAAGUGGCAUGAAUAAUAGAGGAGGCGAAAUUAAUAAUAAUUUAGCAAUUAAUGAUCUUAUAACAUCCGAAAUGUCACCAUCCAUUAGCAGUUUUGAUCCAUACGGUAAUCAUCAAAUAUUAAAUGCUCUCACUUUUAACCAUCGAAUCAAAUUUCAACCACAAAACACAACCUCGGUUGACUUGACGAGCUCAACCCCAUUAUUGUGUACCCCUUGGUCACCUAAUCAAUCAAUUGGAAUGAGUCAUCAUCAUUCUUAUCCUUCAACAUGUGGUUCACAAUUCCAUGCUCAACAACAACCUUCCAAUCUACGACUUUCCGUUAAUAAUAAUAAUAUUAUUAACGGUCUUCCAGUACAAUUAUUCGCUUCUUCUACUAAUUCGAAUAGUUCUUUUAGUAAUAAUCCUGCCAUUACUACUAACACUAAUAAUAUGAUUGAUAAUAUUGAGGAGAAAGAUUCAAUUAGUGACCUUAGCGAUUCUGAUAUGAAGGGGGAUUAUUGA